CUACGCAGUCGCCUACCUUUCUGCGGAUGGCCAAGCUUUCAGGGUGCUGUGUGUCUGUUUGACACGUACCCAUAGACUGCACGUACCUCACCGUGAUGUGUGGAAGUCUACCCAUGUAUCUGAUGUGAAAGAAUUUCGGGCGGUUCAAGACCGACAGACUUUUGUAACGUUCAGUGCAGACUGGUUUCAUAACCUGCAACAUGGAGCCAAGGGCGAGUGACGCGACAGCAGCAGGUGCUCAAUAUGUUGAACCCUCCAAAGCGAAGAAAAAGAGCAGUGAGGAGAACAAACAAGCAACUUCGUCUCCGUCAGAGCAGGCCAGCACCAUGAAGCGUCUCUUUGGCUUUGAGAAAGAAGACGUGUCAUCAUGGCAUCGGCUGGUGUGUCUCCUCAAUCGCCCCACUGACCCGGCCUCAUUGGGCAUUUUCCGUUUCUUAUUUGGUAUGCUGAUGGCGCUGGACAUCACCCAGGAGCGAGGCCUGAGUCACCUGGACUAUAAGUACUUAGACGGGGCACCGGUGUGCCGCUUCCCCCUCUUUAACUUCCUGAAGCCCCUUCCCAUGGACUGGAUGUUCUUUGUGUAUUUUGUUAUGCUCCUUGGCGCUGUUGGUAUCAUGCUCGGCCUUUUUUAUCGCCUUGCCUGUCUGAUGUUUAUAUCUACUUACUGGUACGUUUUCUUCCUGGACAAAACGACCUGGAACAAUCACUCUUAUCUGUACGGACUCAUCGGCUUCCAACUCACGCUCAUGGACGCCAACAGAUACUGGUCAUUAGAUGGCCUCAGAAACCCCAGGAAGAGGAACGCCCAUGUACCGCUGUGGAACUACACUUUGCUGAGAACUCAGAUUUUCAUAGUGUACUUCAUCGCUGGGGUCAAGAAACUAGAUGCUGAUUGGGUGGAAGGGUACUCGAUGAAAUACUUGGCACACCAUUGGUUAUUUGACCCUUUCAAAAUGAUCUUGCCUGUUGAAUUGGUCAGUCUGAUGGUGGUCCAUGGCGGGGGUCUGAUCUUAGACCUCACUGCUGGCUAUCUGCUUUUCUUCGAUGCCACACGUCCUGUCGCCAUCUUCUUUGUCAGCUAUUUCCACUGCAUGAAUUCCCAACUCUUCAGCAUUGGAAUGUUUGCUUACACCAUGUUGGCCACAAGCCCUCUCUUUUGCUACCCUGACUGGCCUAGAAGGUUUUUUGGCCGUUUCCCAGAGUUCCUCUGGCCUGUACUGCCCCUCAUCUCUCCUGCCCCGAGUCCCAGCUCCUCCUGCGUGUACCCAAAUCCACCCAGUGUGCCUAGAGACCAGGAUGAGACCCAUUCGGCUCCCAAACCCACCACACCGAGCUUCAAGCACAAGUUUAGAGCCUUCUUCACCAUCCUUUACAUUGCAGAGCAGCUCUUCUUGCCAUAUUCACACUUCAUCACGCAGGGCUAUAAUAACUGGACAAAUGGACUGUAUGGCUACUCAUGGGACAUGAUGGUUCACUCCCGCUCACAUCAGCAUGUCAAGAUUACCUACAGAGAUGGCAAAACAGGCGAGAUUGGAUAUUUGAACCCUGGAGUUUUCACUCAGAGCCGGAGAUGGAAAGACCAUGGAGACAUGUUGAAGCAGUACGCGACUUGCCUCAGUGAAAAUCUGCCACGCUUCAAUAUCUCAGACCCAGAGAUCUACUUUGACAUUUGGGUGUCCAUCAAUGACCGUUUCCAACAGAGGAUUUUUGACCCACGCUUUGACAUCGUAAAAGCCGAUUGGUCGCCAUUCCGCCCCAAUCCAUGGCUCAUGCCACUUCUCGUUGACUUAUCACCAUGGAGAACCAAAUUUGAGGAGAUUGAGGGGUCUUUGGACAACCAGACUGAGGUGGUAUUCAUUGCUGACUUCCCAGGCCUUUUUCUAGAAAACUUUGUGAGUGAGGAUCUUGGGAACACCAGUGUUCAGGUCCUGGAGGGUCUAGUGAAUGUUGAAAUAGUGGACGAAAAGAAGAACUACAGUUUACAAUCAGGAGAAAAGAUGCAGAUUCCAGCUGGCGCGUACCAUAAAGUGUACACUGUAUCAGAAGGGCCAUCCUGUUACAUGUACAUUUAUGUAAAUACUACUGAGGCGGAGCUUCAGAAGAACUUCACCAAGCUUUCUGAACUUCAGGAGAAAGUGCGCAAUGGAACAGAAACCGAGCCUUUGCCUCCCGAGAUGCAGCCGCUCAUCACCGGUCUCGACGACCAGGACUCGGACAACAGUGUGAUCGACCCUGUAGUGCGAAUCUUCCUCAAACGACAGAAGCGCAUGCAGGAAGUGAAAAAGCGUCGGGAAGCUUCUAUGGUCGAGAGGUUCCAGAGAUUUGCCUCAAAGAAAUACUACUCCAUUAGACGAGGGAUCCUGAUGACAGCCAUCGCUUUGCGUAACCUGGCUGUCGGUCUGCCCCCGCUUGAGCAACUGACAAGAGAGGUGGCCUACGCCAACCUGAAGGAGCCUGAGAGCGAGACCAAUCAGGAUGAGCGUCUUAAAGACGAGGUGGGCCACGGAGAGCUGUGAGAAAACACUGUUACUGAGCUGCUGGAUUAUCCUGCAGAAAAUCAACAAAUGCUUUAGCACGUCAGUAUUUUUGGAACAUUCCACGAUCAGGUUAUUGUUUACAGUUUUUUUUUUUUUUUUAAUCAUACACUUAAGCCCAAAAAUUAAAAUCUUUUACACACCCCUCAUGUCAUUCUCGACCCGUAUUACUAUGUUAGAUUUUAAGAUUUGUGAAUAAGUCUUGAAAUGUUGUCCUGUUGUUAACAUGGUCCUGUCAUAUGGCUUCAAAAGACCUGGAAUGUACUGUAGCGCACAAGUGGUAAAAGACUAAUUUACAGUACAUUUUUCUUUUUUUCUUUUUUGGAGUUUGACAGUCUUUCUUUAUUCUACUUUCAUUGUAUGAAGAGAGAGAAAAACAGCAGGGACAUUCUUAAAGAUGUCUAUUUUUGUGUCCCAUGGAUGUCAUACAGGUUUGGACCAAUGAUGGACAGAAUUUAUAAUCUUUAGUUUAACUAUUCUUUCAUUCCCUUUUACUGGUUACUGAAAUGUAAGUAAUGAUGACACUAAGAUUUACUUUUUUUAUAAAUAGUAGUCAGAAAAAAACAUUAAAAGUUUAAAAGGGAGUAAUUUAAUAUUACUUUUUCAGUAUUAAAAUAAAUCUAAAUGGAACUUGGCCUUUAGUGAGAAUGUUUGGGAGCAGCUUUUGUUUUGUUUUUUAACUUUUAAAGUUUAAACCAAAUAAAGGCUUUUACAAUUCACUUAUUUGUGCUUAAGGGAUCCUGCUAUGUUUAAUCUCAUCACAGGAUUUAUGCUCACUGCACACACACUUUACACCAAAUGCAUUUAGAAACUAUUUACAGGUCAUCUUUCAAUUGGACAAAUCUGGACUGUAAAAAGUGCCAAACAUGGACGGGUACCGAAUUGUCUUCGAUGCAUAAGUUUCAUUAUGCUAAAUGCUGUUUUUAAACACCUGGGUGGCCUAAAAAAACAAACUCAACCUUUAUAUGCACACUGUCAUUGUGGGAUUGAGAAUGCAAGAAAGCUGUUCAAGAUCUGAAUUUGUAUGUGUCAGUUUUUUAAUAAAACAAAAGUGCAACACUA